CAUGUACCAGCUACGUUGAUCCUGCACCUAUCCUAUCCUCCCUUAUCGUGUUUAUCCCGGAACCCUAAGUGAUACUAAACUGAAUCACCAUGAAAGUCCAUCUCUGGUCGGUGGCAGUAACAGCCACCCUCUCCUCGGCCUUAUUCAUUCCCACCUCCCAGCAAGCCUUAAAUGACCUCGACCUCGACAACAUCGACGUAAAAGAUAAAGCCGCCCUCGACGAUUACCUCUUCCAACUCUCGCUCUUGGACGCCGCAUCCGAAUUCACCUCUAUCUUCGACACAGUAGACGCAGAAGACUACGACUGCGACUGCUUGGAUGAUGACUACUAUGGCGACACAGAGUACCUCCCCGAGGACAUCACCGAGCUGCCCCCCUUCUCCCAACUACAUCCCCCACACCACCCGCCUUCCGACAAGACCAUCUACGAGCUCAUCACCGAAAGCAAAUACACCACUAUCCUGGCGAAGCUCAUCAAAGAAGACGAGGAACUAGUCCAUCUCCUCAACUCGACAGAAGCAAACCACACUUUCUUCGCUCCCACAGACGACGCAUUCAAGAAGAUUCCGCACCACGAGGACCGCAAACCACCCAAGGAGCUCAUCCGCGCUGUCAUCAAGUACCACCUCGUCCCAGGACUUUGGGAUGCCCGCACCGUCUUCCAUAGCCACACCCUGCCGACUGAAUUGGAGAGUCCAGCAUUGGGAGACAAGCUCCCACAGAGACUAUCCGUCCGAGUAGGCUGGAGAGGUCUCACGCUAAACUUCUAUAGUCGGGUUGUAGCACCUGAUAUCCCCGGGAAAAACGGCCUCAUCCAUGGUAUAUCCAGCGUCCUCAUCCCACCCCCAACAACCAAAACCCUCCUCGACCUAGUCCCCACAAAAUUCAGCACCUUCGACCUCGCCCUCAUCAAGACCAACCUCACCAUCCCAGAAAACAAAGACAAAGAUACCAAAAAGGGCCACACAAUCUUCGCCCCCUCAAACACUGCCUUCAGUAAACUCGGCCUCAAAAUCAACGCCUUCCUGUUCUCACCUUACGGCCAGAAAUACCUCCUCGCUCUUCUCAAGUAUCAUAUUGUUCCGGACCGCACGCUGUACUCGGAUGUCAUUUACACGGAAAAGGGCGAGAUCCGGCCGUUUGGGGUCAAGGGAUUCACUCAUUUGGAUCUGCCGACGUUGCUGGGGGACAGGAGGUUGAGUGUUGAUGUGGCGCGGUUUGGGCCGUAUGCUUCGUUGAAGGUUAAUGGGUUUCAGCGGGUGGCGGUUGCGGACGCGUUGGGGCGGGAUGGGAACGUGCAUAUUUUAGAUGAGGUGUUGGUUCCGCCGAAGAAGGUAGUGGAGGGGGCGGCGGAGUGGGAUGAGUGGAAUGAGGAGUUGACGGUGGAGGAUCUGAAGGAGCGGCUUGCGGGGUGGGUGGAGGAGGAUGAUCAUGAUAAUUAUGAUGAGGGGAUGGAGCUGUGGACGCAUGGAUUUGACUUGUAGGUUGAGCCGUUUGCUGGUUUGAGUAUCAUAUAUACUAGUUACUUUCAGGAUGCCAAAAGUUGGCUCUACGAGAUAUGUACGCACAUGCUAGGUCUACCGAGCCAUUCGAAUAAUGUGAUAUGUCUGUAAUCAAUUGCAUCUGUAUCUUCGUGCAUAUAUCAAUGGCGU